UAUUUUUUGUAUUGAAUUUUAAGAAUUGCUAAAUAAACAAAGUACUUUUUGUUUGAUAGGACACCUUUCAUGUUAAAGCGAUAUGGUACCUUGAAAAGGAAGUAAAUAUGGAAUGAGACACGGUUUAAAGACAAUAAUCAUGGCAUCGGGUGGACAGUCGCUUGAGCUUGGAUCUGACGCGGUCUUCCAAUUCUGCUGCAGCCGAUGUGUUAAAGAAGGAAGGAAUUCAGAAGCAGUCAAGUUUUGCGAGGAUUGUUUUGAUUACAUUUGUCAGGCAUGUCUAAACAUGCAUAAAAGUUGGGUCGCAAUGAGGAGUCAUAAGUUGUUAACAAUGGACGUGAUUCGUGAAAAAAGUGACAUACCACCGACAUUUGUAAGGAAAUUCUGUAACGUUCACAGUGAUUCGUUAGUAGAAAUGUUUUGCACUGAACAUGACGCUGUCCUGUGUGGGGAAUGCUGUGAAACUUCAGACCAUAGAUCUUGCUCUCUUGAGUAUCUACCAAAGGCAGCGGGAAGAAUAAAACAGAAUGAAGAGCUUAGACAAGUAAAGAGAAAAACCGCAACCCUUAAAGAAUCUUGUGCAAAGGUAGAGUAUGAAAGACAAAAAGAUGCAACUCGAGUAAUUGAACAAAACCGAAAAGCUCAGGAAAAGCUUGAUGCUGUCAAAAAUGAUUUACUAAACUCUCUCAACAGAUCAGUAGACGCCAUACAGAAAAAGAUUGACAAAACGACUGCGAGUCAUACAGACAGUAUUAACAAAGACGUAAAGAAAACGCAGGUACUUAACGGUAUACUGACACAACAUAGUACACUUCUUAAUCCUGACGGUCAGAAUAAAAUGCAGCUAUUCCUACAGCUACAGCAGACGAAAUGCGUUAUUAAGGAACACGACGCUGUUAUUAAACAUAUACAGCAGAACAUUGGUAAGGAGACACUGGCCGUCCGUUUUGACACUCCGAUAAAAACAUUUCUUGAACAAGAGGACUGUAUUGGUACACUUGUAGAUGAACAACAUCCGCUUUAUUCGGAUGGUGACAUGUAUUCAAUCGAUAUUCGUGGUUUUUGCCAGUUGAGGGAUGGCAGGAUUUUUGCUGCUGACCAUCAAAACGACAAGGUGAAAGUUUUGGACUGUCACAAUGCGUAUACAGUUUGUGAUUUUAUAACGGUACCACCCUCUCCUUGGGAUGUUUGCCAAUUCGAAGAUGAUCUUAUUGCUGUAGCAUGUGGAAGUAGGAUCCAAUUCGUGAAUGUUUGCAACAAACUGAGUCUUAAACAUAAAUUCUAUGUAAAAGACAGAUGUCGCGGAAUAACAUCCUGCGGAGGAAAAUUGUUUGUUUGUUGCGGAGGUAUUGAUUUAGGAGAGGGACCAUCCCGUAUUCUAGUCUUUGAUAAAAAGGGGACAGAACUUCAAGACGUCAAAGACAAAGAUUUUGUCGGAAGACCACUUUCUCUUGCAAAAAGCGAAGACGAGAAGAUGGUGUUUGUGGCCGACAAUCAUAAAGGAGUUGUCAUUCUGGAUGAAAAAGCUCAGCUUGUUGAAAUCAUAACACACCCUGAUUUGAAAAGUCCAACAGGUAUUUGCGUAGGUAAAGGGGGUAUAGUGUAUAUUUGCGGCAAAGACACGGAAGGUAUAUUGGAGCUUAAACCAAAAACGAAACACGUGGCAAUAGUAAAAAUGAAAAUGGAGUUAGCAUGUGAAAAGGCUUUACUCUACGAUAGAACAUACGACAGACUGGUAUUUCAAACAGGUUUCAGAACUAAGAUAGAAUAUGUUUCUGUGUACUAGAAGUCACACAAUUCAUAUUAACUAGUAGUCACACAUUUCAUACUUACUAGCAAUUGCACAUCUCAUGUUGACUAGUAAUCACACAUUUCAUAUCUACUAGUAGUCAAACAUUUCAUAUUUAUUAGUAAUCAGUCAUUUCAUAUAUACUAGUAGUCACAAAUUACAUACUUACUGCAGUAAUCGCACAUUCCAUAUUGACUGAUAAUCAUACAUUUUACAUUGAUUACUUUUUAACAUUUCAUGUUUACUAGUAGUCACACAUUACAUACUUACUAGUAAUCGCGUAUUUCACAUUGAUUAGUAGUCACACAUUUCAUAUUUAUUAGUAAACACACAUUUCAUAAUGACUACUAAUUACAUAUUUCAUAUUGACUAGUAAUCACACAUUUUAUAAUAACUAGAAAUCACAUAUUUCAUAUUUACUAGUAAUCACAUAUUCCAUAUCAUUCUAGUGGCUACACAUUUUCUAUUUACUAUAUUCACACAUUUCAUAUUUACAAGUCGACACAUUUUCCAUAUUAACUAGUAGUCACACAAUUUGCAUUUACUAGUACUCACACAUUUCAUAUUAACUAGUUGUCAUACUAGUAAUCACACACUUUAUACUUGUACAGUUACGCAUACGUACAUAGUAUUUAUUUAGGCGUGCGUUUGUGGUCUAAACUUUAGAAUGUUGUCAUUUUAAAGGAAUACUAUGCGUAUUUUUCACUAAAAUAUUAUAUUAUUAGAUAUAAACUCUAAAUGUAGAAAAUUCUCAUCAGGCCCGUAUCUAGAAAUAUUCAGUGGGGGGGGGGGGGGGGGGGAGGUACAUAGCGCCGAGAUUGGGUAAUUGGGUAGGUAUGGGAGUGGAGCCUCUGCUAGGGGAGGGUGAGUUGGUGGGGAUCUCCCCAAAGGGAAUUUUUGAAAUACAGUUAUGAAAUGAUGGCCUCUGGUGCAUUAAUUUUGGUCUAAGUUUUGAGGUACUGUAGGGGAUAAUUUCCCAUCACUUUAGGGGGUUCAGGGAGCUCUCCUUGAAAUAUAGGUAUGAAAUGGUGGCCCCUUGUGCGUAUUUUUCUGGUCUAAUUUAUGAGAUACGUUGUAUUAGAGGGGUAACUUUCGCAUUUUAGAGGGGUCAGGGGGCUCGCUUCCCUGGAAAUUGAAAUGCAGGGAUGAAAUGGUGGCCUCUGGUGCAUUUUUUUGUCUAAAUUUUGAGAUAAGGGAGGGGGAUACAAUCCUCAUAUUUGAGAGGCGGGGUGGGGGUGGCGGGGGGGGGAUACGGGGGGUGGGGGCAGUGGGCUUUCCCCUGGACAAUUUUGAAAUACUGUAGUUAUGAAAUGGUGGCCUCUCAUUGCGUCUGAAUUUUGAGAAAAUAUUCUUUCUUUGCCAAAAUAGUUGGAUGCACUUAUAACUGAUCCAACAUCAACUUUGAUGGGUAUAAGUAACUUCUCGGCCAAGUGGAAAGGGGAGGGGGUGCAGCAUGGGCCCCCUUGAUCGGGCUUUGGUCCGGCCCUGUCAAAUGCAUUUAACUUGGCUAAAUAUGAAAGAUGUAUGUGGAGCUGCUUCACAUUUAAAUGCCGUGUAAUAACAUUUGUUAAAAAGAUUGCCAGUUAUAAGUGCUUGUUUAGACAUUGCAGACUUACGCACCUUUGGACUUAUUUGCAAACUUUUUUUGUUUGAAAUAUAAAGUGUUAUUGUGUGUAGGUGGGAGGCGGUAUACAUUACAUUUAGAGAUAACUAGGUUAGAAGAGGGUGGGGGAGGGGGGGGGGGGCGGAGGUGUUCAUCACAUUCAGUGAUAUAUCUAGUGCUUUUUUCUUAAAACAGCAGUCAUUAUAAACCUAAAUUGCUCAACUGACCGUGACAUUGAUGACUGCUGGGUAAAAUGUUUUGCAUUAUAGGGAAUCUAUAUUUUGUUGAUAUUGUAUAUUACUUUUCAUGGAAAUAAAGAAGUAACAGUAUAUGUUUUUUAUCUUUACAUUAUUUUCAAUAUCAAACAUAAGCAAAGAUGUUUUACUAACAAAAGUCGCUGUCCAAACAAACCGCGGAGCCGAUGUUAGGGAGAGUGAGGACUGUUGCACUUUUCAAUACCUCUCAUGACCAGACUUGGUCAAGCUGAGUUUGCUAUUAUUUUGCCUGGUUGUUUUGUUUUUUUUCUUCUUUUUUUUCCCCUGCCAAAUAGUCUUCCUAUAGAUUUUAUAUUACAACAAGAGUAAUAAAUCCGUAAUAAAUCGCCCCUUAAUUGUACUCGGUGUUUUCUAGUCCUUUGAGAUUAUCGGGUCUAUUCAAUCAUUAUGUUUGAUUUUAAGUUCCACUUAAGCCAGUGCUAUGGGGCACAUGGGGUGUUGCAAAUUUCAUUAUCUCUCACGAACAGACUCAAGUCAAUCGGAGUUUGCUGUUUAUUUUUAUUUUUGUUUGCUUGGUUGCAUUCUAUGCUAGAAAGGGUAGCAUUAUAGAUUUAAUUUUAUCCAAAGUACAGUUAUGAUGAUGAUAAUGAUGUUGCUGAAGAUGAUGUCGUGAUAGUGAUAAUGAUCGAAGAAUGCUCCACGAUGGUGCUUUGUCAAGUGAUCAUAUACAUAGUGUAUUGUAACUUCUUUGAAGAAAGUACAAGUUUGUCAUUAACUCUACAAGAAUUACCAGAGACAAAGAUAUAGUCAUUGUGCACAGCACUGUUUAUACUGACUGCAAGUUGCAAUGCAAUGCUGUAGUACACUCGAAUAUUUACCAUGGA